AUGACCCUCGCCCUGCGCAAUCCUAGUCUAGUUGGCGGAGUGGUGUCUGUUGAUAAUGCCCCGGUUCGAGCGCCGUUGAGCAGGGAUUUUGCAAAAUAUAUUCAAGCGAUGAAGCAAAUUGACGAGGCGCAAUUGACCAAACAAAAAGAGGCAGAUGAUAUCUUGCAAAACUAUGAAAACUCCUUACCCAUUCGCCAAUUUCUCCUGACAAACCUCGUUCGAUCGAAAGAAAAUAACGGCCUGAAAUUCCGUAUUCCCCUUGAUAUCCUAUCCGACAAGUUAGAAGGCCUGGCGGAUUUCCCAUUCACUCCUGGUGAAAAUGGCCCUAGAUUCGAGGGCCCUGCGCUUUUCGUCCGAGGAACGCAAAGCCAUUAUGUGAAAGAUUCCUCACUUGACGUAAUAAGGGCGUUUUUCCCCGCGUUUGAACUGGAGGAUAUUAAUGCUGGUCACUGGGUGAUUUCUGAAAAUCCAGAGGCAUUUAAAAAUGGUAUCUUACCCAGCUUUACACCCAACAUAUUGGUAUAUGAGGACUAA